UACUUCAGAUGAAUAUGCUGGCCAUUUUGCUCUUCCGGUAUUAAAUUAAAACUGACCAUUUAGUAGGCGUUACGUAAUGUAUGGUUGUUCCGUGGACAGCCUGAUUGAAUGUUAAGUGUAAAGUGGUCUUAUCGUUAAUUUUUAUUAUUGUUUUUCGACAUGGUAUAAUUUGAACGUAUUUGUUGCAGCACAAAGCACUGAUGUUUACAAAAUGCCAGUGGAUUUUCGGGAUUGCUUUUGGGGUGAAGGAAAUAAUGGAUUUGAUGUACUCUACCGUAACAUGAAAUAUGGUUAUGUUGUAACAAAGGAUUUAGCUGAAUUUUUUAAGGAAAGGUCAGUCAUAGAAGAAACUAAUUCUAAGCUUUUAACAAAAUUGGCAAAACAUGCUAGCAACUGCUGUACCCAAGGGAGUUUUGCUCCAUUAUGGCUAAUUUUAAAGACUUCCACUGAAAAAUUAGCAACAUUACAUAUGCAAAUGGUUCAGAGAUUCCAAGAGCUUAUUAAAGAUGUUAUAAAAUAUUCAGAGGAUCAGCACAAAAGGCAUAAGUUGUGUAAAGAAGAGGAGUCUGGAACGUCUGAUGUUGUACAGAGUAUACAGCAAACAACUAUUUCUCUUCAAAAGGCAAAAGAAGCUUUCAAUGCUAGAGCUGUAGAAUAUGAGAAAUUAAAAAGAGAAAAUGCUUCUAUUAAAGACUUAGAAAAAGCUGAAUUAAAGUGUAAAAAAGCAUGUGAAGAAUAUAAAUUAUACAUUGAAAAAUAUACGACAAUUAGAGAAGAUUUUGAGAAGAAAAUGAUGGUUUCUUGCCAACAUUUCCAAAGCAUUGAAGAAGCACAUAUCAAACAAAUAAAAAUAUUCCUUUCAAAUUAUGCUCAUGUCUUAGAAAGUGGCCAUGCUUUAAUUGGACAGGUGCAUGUGGAAUUUGUUCAACAGUGUAAUGAAAUGGAUGUUGAUAAACUUCUUGAACACAUGGUUAAUGAAAGAGGUACUGGUGCUGAAAAACCCGGUGCAGUGACUUUUGAGGAGGCUGACCUUUCUCCCUUAGGCCAAACCCAUUCACCAGACUCUUCCGAGAUCCACACUGAAGAAAAGAUCUACAAGAAAGAAGGUAAAAAAAUGUCACUUCAUCGCAAAAGCAAACCAUCCCGCCGAACUACCUCCUUACUGGACUUGUUUUUUUCAUCAUCCCUUGGUAACUCUGAAUCCAGCGGAGUGACCAAUUCUACAUCAUCUUAUUCUCAGAAUGCCAACAACGAUAGUGCCACAUCUAAGUCCAUUCCCCCAAACAGUAAUGCUCUGAGUAGGACAAACUUCCGAGCAUCAAAAUACUGGCAGUCUUAUUGGAACUCCUGGAGUUCAGGGUUUCUGAAAAGUAAACGAGAGAAGAGGAAAGAAAAGAAAAAAAAGAAAAUGAAUGGUACCAAAGAAGAUACUUCAGUUACUAGUGGAGAAAUAGAUUCCCAAGAUAAUAUUCAGACCAGUCCACAAAUAGAUUCAGAAGGUUUUACAAUAAGGCCACAGGAGAGAAAUGCAGAGUACAUGAAAGACAACUUUUAUUCAAGUUCAGAUAAUGAAUCUGAUGAGGAAGAGAAAGAACGAAAAAUUCACAUUGAGAUUAAACCUGUAAGUAAUAGCACAGGCAUGAGUGCAAGUAUUGAUGAGCUUAUAGCCACAGUUGGAACUUUUUCAUUAUCACCAGAUCCUCAACGUACUGUAAAUAGGCCUGCCAGUAGUGCAGCAUCAACUCCUGAUGAAGGUCCAUUAAAGCGAUCCAUUUCCAUGUCUAAUCCACUAAACAAAGCUGAUACAGAUGUAUUCAGCAUCUUUAGCCCUAGUGCAUCCAGUGCCUCAACACCUACUGGCCCAGUUGUGGGCGGAUUUCCAAGUCCAAGUAGUAUUAGUAGUAUUAAGGCUCCAUCUUCAGCAGAGGCUGUACAAAACACUGAAUCCAAGUAUUCUGUGAUAGGCGAGAUAGCUUCAGAGGUUGAGCCUGAAAUAGUCAAUAGUGAGAUGCAGAAACCGCCAGCUACAAGUCGUGGUGGAACACCAACUGGCUCAAUAAUGCCACAUGUUAUUCCACGUCCCCCUUCCAGAAGAGCUUUAGAGACUACGUCUCGAGGUCGUAUGUCUCCUCUUCCAUAUUCAAUGACAAGAACAGAAAGUAUUGGAAGCCUUACCAGUGAUUUUAAAACAACAUCAAUGCCUGUUGGCUCAUCCAGAGGACCUUCUCCUUUGACCAUUGGCAUGAGUGAUACUAUUCCUUUAGCAGUAGCUUUUAAUGAAGUUGUCAAUGCGUGUUUCAAAGGAACUGAUGAGACAAGGUGUCAAGUUCGCUUGAUGGGUGAUAUGAAAGUGUCUUUUCCUGCUGGAAUUGUGCAAGUUCUUGCCAAUAAUCCAUCUCCUGCUCAUCUCAUUUUUCGAAUAUCAAAAGCCGGUAAACUUGAAAACAUACUGCCAAAUAAACAGUUAAUAUCCUUAGACCCUAGUCAAAGCACCAAGGAACAAUAUAUAUAUGAAUUUAAUAUGCAAGCAUUGACUGCACUACUAAGGAAGCAGUUUGAACAGUCGCCAUCUGCUUCAUAUUUCAACAUAGAUAUUUUAAAGUAUCAUAUCAAAGCUCUUCAGGGAGCAAAAAGCACUCCAUUGCAUUUGGUAGCAUAUUGGAAAUGUGAACCAUUAUCCACAGAUCUGAGAAUAGACUACAAAUAUAAUCCUUCCUCUUUAGCAACACCAGCACCAUUGACAAAUGUUAACAUAAUUGUUCCUGUAAAUGGUGGUGUUACUGAGGUACAGUCAAAACCAAAAGUGCUUUGGAAUAGUGAAACAAGCCGUGCUAUAUGGAAACUAUCUGAACUUUCCAAUACUGGUGAAGGUGGAGGUCUUGGUUCUCUGCGGGCUCAUUUUGAUUUGAGCGCAGGUCCAUCUACAGCAUGUGCUUUGGCUGCUCAGUUUAUCUGCAAUAAUUCUUCUUUAUCUGGUGCCGAUUUUGAGUUAUGUGGACUCGGGUAUCGUCUCUCAUUGGUAAAGAAACAGAUUGUUGCUGGGAAGUACCUGUGUGAAUCAGAUCCUGUGACCAAUAGCUAUACAUGAACUCUAAAAACAGUUAACUUCAUCUGUAAAAUGGUCCAUUCGUGAUAGAAGUAAUAAGAUAUGCUCCACUAUACAAUGCAAAAAUGCAGUUCUCAGGACUCAGAAUACUGGCCACUGAGUUGGCUAGCCAAAGGUCUAUGUAUACUUCACUGCUGUCUAUCCCAUCUUUUUGUAUGUGAACUGUUGUCCGGUACAGUUUGUUAAUUGUAAAGAUAAUAUCAUAAGAGUGCAUCCUCUUUGCUUCAUUUUUACCUCAGUAAUUUAUACAUCAUCCUAUUUUAUCAUAAUUAAUUAUCAGAUACUUGUUUUUCAGUGCUUAUACAUUAGAGAAAAAUUUGUGUCAGUUUUUGCUUUCCUGAAAAUAUUAAUUUCGAAUUAUUUCAGAAGGACCAAAUUCAGGGCAAAUAAUUUUAAAAUUUAUUGUUACUUUCUGAAUCCUCUUAUUUCAAGUUAUGUUUCAUGGUAAAGCAGGAAGAAAAGCAAAGAGGAUGCACAUAACUAAAUAAACUGAAGUCCAUGAAUGGUUUCUACUUUCUAUAAAAGAGCUGAAACUUUUCUGAAGGAUAACUGUUCUAAGUUCUCACCAACUGUAUGUGUACAGCUCUCCACAAAACUGCUGGUUUUUUAUACAUACAUAUAUUAUAUAUAAAUAUCAUAUGUAAAUAUGCUCUAGUUUUUUAACUUUUGAUCUAGAUUUACAGUGUUAUAUUUUUUGUAUUUUAUUUUCAAGCACUAGUAAUAUUACUGUUUACUGCAAAAGAGCUAAUUGUUGGUUAAACUAUAUAUUUCCAGAUUUAUUGAACAGUGUUGCACGAAUUGAAAAAGAAAAUAAUUAAUUUUACUGCACAUGGUUUUUUUACAAAACCUUUGCUUUGUUGAUUAAAAUAUUUUGUUGUUUAAAAUGUUAUUGUGCAACUGUAUGCUUCUCUUAAAAUAUUUAUGCUUAGCAUAGUUAAUUAUUUAAAGUCUUGCUCAUAUUAUUCUACAUUAUUUUGCUGUGCAAAAAACAUUUUUAACAAAUUUGCCUCCCUAGAUCUUUUUUAAUCUUGUAAUAUUAUUAAUAUGCAACUUGCUUUUAAGAAGGUAUUACUUUAAUGAAACUCCUCUGUCUAAUAUAAUACAAAUCUAUGUUAAAAUAUUAUUUUUAUCUACUUUUAUUAUACCUUUAGGAAAUGUUUGUAGUAUUUACUUUAUUCCAAAUGAGAAAUAUUUCUGUAAAAAUUCAUAACAAAAAAAUAGCUUGCAGUUAUUAGGAUAUAUGUCUACUUCCAGUAGCUGUUAUAUUAAAUAUUUGGCUGCUUUGUAAUAAUAUCAAAUUUCUAUUUGAAAUUAAAAGUUGAUUAUGAAUA